GCUUUCUUCCUUUUCUUCCCCUUCUGCCUUCAAUCCGGAUACGUAUUUCUUUUAUCUAUCCUCUCCGUAACUACCUUACCUUCACUUCUCAAAGUCGCCGCUUCUUGCAUAUUCUGUCAAAGCGUUCAAGAGAACACGACUUCUACUCCACUCUCCCCGCUUAUUCUCCCCGCUCCUUUUCUCCGCUCCUUGCACUUCAUCCGCGCCACCAUGACCGCUUCUCCCUCCGCCGCUGAAUCAAUUCCAGAGGAAAUCAGAGCUCCGGAGCCUAAGCCCAUCAAUCAGACUAUUACUCAGAUUCGCUCACUCGCUGCUGGGGCUGCCGGUGGUGUGUGCGCCGUUGUUGUCGGACAUCCUUUCGAUCUGGUGAAGGUGCGCCUGCAGACUGCAGAGAAGGGCGUUUACUCUGGUGCCAUCGAUGUCGUGAAGAGGACUGUGGCCCGGGAGGGUCUCGCUCGAGGACUAUAUGCAGGUGUCUCUGCUCCCCUGGUGGGAGUCACGCCAAUGUUCGCUGUCAGUUUCUGGGGUUAUGAUGUCGGUAAAACGCUCGUCGGCAAAAUAUCUGAAGUUCGCGUGGAGAACAACACCCCUCAAUACACCAUUGGCCAGAUUUCAGCUGCUGGUUUCUUCUCCGCCAUUCCCAUGACCUUGAUCACGGCACCCUUCGAGCGCGUCAAAGUGCUCCUUCAGAUCCAGGGUCAGAACCCCCCGCCCCCGGGCCAGAAGCCCAAAUACUCUGGCGGUCUGGAUGUGGUUCGGCAGCUAUACCAGGAGGGUGGUAUUCGCAGUGUGUUCCGUGGCAGUGCAAUGACCCUCGCUCGUGACGGCCCUGGCUCUGCUGCGUACUUCGCCGCCUACGAAUACAUCAAGCGCACUUUGACUCCCAAGGAUGCGCAAGGCAAUGUCACCGGCGAGCUAUCCAUGCCAGCCGUCCUGGCUGCCGGUGGUGCUGCUGGUAUUGCCAUGUGGAUUCCUGUCUUCCCCGUUGAUACCAUCAAGUCCCGUUUGCAGAGCGCGCCUGGUCGUCCCACGAUCGGCGGCACGAUUCGCACCGUUUACGCCAACGGUGGCUUCAAGGCUUUCUUUCCCGGAUUUGGUCCUGCUUUGGCAAGAGCUGUUCCUGCCAAUGCCGCAACUUUUGCGGGUGUUGAGCUAGCUCAUCAGUUCAUGACAAAGCUCUUCGACUAAAUGGAUACAUUGCGCGCUGCAGGUACAGUGGUGUAAGUCUAUCGGUUAGUUGAUUAUUGUGGCGUUCGUUGUUUCGUCCUUCUGUGGAAGCAUUUUGUAAGCCUGGAUAUUCUCUGUUUUUGACUUAGACUAGACAAUUUCUGGUUGUCUGUACUAGUGCUAGGAAUAUCAUAUUAGCAGAGAAUUUGUCUCUGAUUUAACCCAAAAGGCCUUGCUUGAUUGUUUGACUGACAAUAGGUUAAUACCUGUUCAGCGUCAGAAUCGGUGCUGUUGCUUUGUACAGUGCCUUGCAAGUUUGGAUUACGCAUUUCUAUACUCCGUAUAGUAGGG